CAUUUCCGUGUGGAACCGCCCCCUUCCGGAAGGAACGGCCCAUUCGGAGGGGGCUCCCUGAGGCAGGACAGCCCAUUCCCUUGAUCGAUUACCACUCAUACAAUGACAAAAAUCCGAAAAGGACGUCCGAUGCUGGAAAUCCGAAACAAAUGCAGAAAUUGCCGGAAAAUCUCGGCAGGUCUGUGGAGAGAAGUCAGAGUUAACGUUUCGGCUCCAGCUACCCUUCUUCAGAACUGAAUUCGAAGCGUUAAUUCUGAUUUCUCUCCACAGAUGCUCAGAUCUACUAAUCUUCUCCGGCAAUUUCUGCUUGUGCACUUUACGUCUUUUACAUGAACGCACGUCAACGUUGAUUGAUGGCCCAACCAUCAAAUCGGAAAGCUACAUCCACGACAACCGAAAGAACUGUGGAUGCUGUAAAUUAGGAACGAAAACAGAAGUUACUGGAAGAGCUCAGCAAGUCUGGCAAUAUUUGCGAAGGAUGGGUUACCGGACCCGAAACGUUAAUCGUGAUUUUUAUUUCCCCACAGACGUGUAGAGCUUUUCCAGCAACUGCUGUUUUUGUAUGGGCUACAACCCGCCCACUGCUCUGAUUGAUGGCAGAGCAAACCAAUCGCAAAGCAGUAUUUAGGCGGCGGGAUGUACCGUUGGUUGUGGGCUUGACUGGCCAUUCGGAAAGAAAUAUCUAACCUAGGCCCGAUCACCCGCUUGAUUGACGGCAGGAUUGGCCAAUGGGAACACGCACACUCUGGAUUGAUCGCAUGAUAGACCAAUAAAAAGGCGACAUCUCCUGGGACGCAAACCCCAUACACUUGAUUGACGGCACACCGGACCUAUCGAAAAAUGGUAACUGCCUCCACGACCCCGCUACUGAUUGACGGCAAGCUAAACCAAUCGGAAUGCAGCGCCGGCUCCGGCCAUCUACCUUUGAUUGACGGCACCACCAUUUAUUCGAAAAGAGAAACCGGCGCGGGCCCCGCCCAUUCACCUUAAUCGACGGCGCGAUAAGCCAAUAGAAAAGCCAUGAGAUGGAGCCCUUAGACUGUGUGGACUGAAAGAAACUUUAAGCAUUAACGAAGCUGCACGCACUGGAUCCUCUUUCUUUAUCCUCCUCCCCGCUUUUUGCAGGAACUGUUUUCACUUUAUCUUGGGACUUUAACUUUGCGACUCUUCUACAGGACAGAAGCUUCUUUGAAUGCAUUUGCUGAAAUCCUGAAGAUAUGAGACAAACGAUCAUUGGAACCAGUGCGCUUUCACUAAUUCUUGGCCGCUUGUCUGAUCAAAUUAAACCCAAACAGCGUAUGAGGGGUCCGAUUGCUGCUUAAUGUGGACUCUUAAAAAGAAUCCUAAGAAAUACUCAAUGUGUCAAUAAAGUUGAGUGCAAGCAGAACCAUGUGGCGAUUGCUUACAUUGAAGUUUGGUCGUUUGUACCGUUGUCUAAAGUUCCUAUUUGUGGUGAGUCUGCUGGUUUUUACAUUGUUAAAUACACAUUCAUUUAUUGCCUCAUUUCAGAAGAAUGAACUUGCAGAUCGUCGUUUUAUUAGCCUGAACAAGUGCCCGGCUUGUUUUGGUACCAGCUGGUGUCGUAAGUUUAUGAAUGGGCAAAUCACUUUUGAGACAUGGGGUCGUCUCCGAAUACUGGACUUUUUGAAUGUGAAAAAUGUCUAUUUUGCUCAGUAUGGAGAGCCAAGAGAAGGUGCAAGACGUAUUGUUCUAAAACGCUUGGGCUCUAAUCAAGAACUGGCUGAUAUGGACCAAAAAGUCUGCAAAAGGGCUAUUGGGCGCCCUCGUUGUGAUGUUACGCAAGCUAUUUACAAGACUCAGUUUUCCCGUUUAAAUGGUGAAGUUCGGUUACUGACCCCAGAUAUUGUGGAGGGGUGGUCAGACUUAGUGCAUUGUCCUUCACAAAGACUCCUAGACAGAAUAGUACGCAGGUAUGCUGAAACAAAGGAUUCUGGAAGCUUUCUAAUGAAAAAUUUGAAAGACUCUGAGCGGAUGCAGCUACUUCUGACUUUGGCUUUCAACCCAGAGCCUCUAGUUUUCCAGAGCUUUCCAUCAGAUGAAGGAUGGCCUUUUGCAAAGUACCUUGGAGCCUGUGGGAGAAUGGUGGCUGUAAAUUAUGUAGGAAAUGAACUUUGGAAUUUCUAUAAUGCACCCUGGGAAAAACGAGUAGACUUGGCCUGGCAAUUGCUGGAAAUCGCUGAACAACUCACAAACAAUGAUUUUGAAUUUGCGCUGUAUCUCCUUGACGUCAGUUUUGACAACUUUGCUGUUGGACCGCGAGAUGGAAAGGUCAUUGUGAUUGAUGCUGAAAACAUCAUUGUGGCAGACAAAAGAUUAAUCAAACAGAAUAAGCCUCAAAACUGGGAUGUAUGGUACGAGAGCACAUUUGACGAUUGUGGAAAAGAAGCCUGCCUGUCAUUUUCCAAGGAGGUUUUGUGUUCGCGCGUUACAGUUGACCAUAACUACUAUGCCAUUUGUCAGAACCUGCUCUCUAAAUAUGCCACAUGGCGUGGCACAACCGGUGGGCUUCUGCACAGCCCUCCCGUAGAAAUUGUUAGAGCUGGCAGACUGGAGGCCUUGCUCGAAGAAUGUGCACACCCAAAGAAACAAUACGGUCGAUUCCAGGCAGCAAGAGAAUUGCGAGACUACCUUGCAAAGCUGAGCAAUAAUGUAAGGUAGCUCAACAUGCAUAGGUUGUUUUUCAUACUGCUCUAGGUUUGAGAUUUGAAUUGACCAUGAGAGUUGUUCCUAUGUAGAAUGUAAAAGUGUAUUGAAGGAUACCUUGCAGAAAUGGCACUACGUUGUGUUAUAAUUCAUGCUUGGAACAACGAUGGACAUCUGCAAACCAGUGUGUAGGACUGAUUAUCUGAUUAGAGCAUUGAGCUAUUAUUGACUUGUUCUCUGCUUGCCUGCAGAGUAGUUCAGAUGAAGACUAGCAGGUCACUGGCGAUAAUAGACCCUGACAGGUUUAAUGAUUGCACAUGUGUCAAAGGGCAAUUGACAUAACACAGCAUUACUGUCACAAUUUGUGAGGCUGAUGCCUUUACUGAGGAAGCCUUGCUUCAUUAGAAAGCCUGUUUAAAGGCUUAACCUACUGAUGUUGUCUUGAUCCUGUCUAUAUUUUGAAUAAGGAAAGCAUUAAAAAUGUUUGUAUUGAAAAAAAACUUACUGCCAUCAAAAUGUAUGUGCAAAGUUUUGAUACGAGUUUGCCCAUAAUCCUUUGCAAAUAUGUGAACAUAUUUCUAAUUUAUGUGUAAACUAAAGCACUGAGAAAAUAUGGCGUUGGGGUAUACUGUCCAAAACCUUAAAGCAUUCCCUCAUCACCAUUUAAGCAAUAAUUUCAUGUCUGCAAAAGAUGCAAAGAGGAAAUUCCCAUUAUUUGUAAUUAUUGCACAAGAAGUCUGUGAGCAUGAAAUAGUGACUUGAGGUUAAUUUCUUUUUGAAGCAGCAGCAUCAAAAAAAAUGUUUUGAGCAUCUUUGAGUUAGUUAAAAAAAAAUUCAAUGUGGCUAGUUUGUAAAUAAAAUUAGGGGAGCUUUCUUUCCACAAGGAGUAAGGGAGACAGACACUAGUAUUUGAGCACAUGCCAAAGAAUAAGAAUUGUCCCAAAAACUACCCUUCCCUUGUAGAAGAUACCUAUUUAUUGCAUAAAAGCAGUGAAAACAUGGUGCCAAGGAAUUCAGUGGCUAUUUAUAUAUUAAAAAUGCAUUUCCUAAAACAGGAAUAAGGUUUUUGCUUGCAAGUUUGCAUUUGCCAUGUGCUUGACUGGUAUUUUUUUAAUUGAUUUACUGGGCUCACAUAGAAGGCACUUGCGUUCUGCUGCAGCUUAAUAUUGGUCCAGUAUUGUAAUUUAAAAUUUGGUUAGGGUCUUGAUUUUUUUAUUUGUUCAACUAACCUAUAUUAAUUUUUUUCCAACUUAAUCAGUUGUGUGUGUUUGGCACGUUAAACAAAAAGCCUCAUAGUUUGUGUGGAAAUGGAGUGGAAAAUCUGUUUUUGCUACUGAUUAGCUGAAAUGCGGCUGUAACACCAUUACCAGCUACUUCCAUGCCUGUGGUUCAGUCUGGAUAAAUGUUAAACUAUUCCCCAUAAAGUAAUUUUGUGACUUUAAUCUCCAUUUUAAAACGUGCUGAUGCUUUUCAUUCUAAAACUAGCUUGAGUUGGCUUCAUUGCAGGGAACUGACUGCUGCAGUAUCACCAUGAAGUAUAAUAGAAAGCAAUAGUGUUUGUUUCUCUCUUAUUUCCUAAGCAUCGUCAAACACUGAAGUAAUCAGAUAAUGAUCUGUUUAACGGUACAAAUGUAGAUUUUAUUGUGUACUUAACAACUUAUUAGUAAUGACACAGUUUACUCCAAAUUUGGAUUUUGUAGGUUUGUAAAUGCUGGAAAAUGCUGUCUUCACUUUAUUUUGUACGUUCUCAUUUAGUUUCUAUGUUUUAUCAUAAUUGUUUGAUUCACUGUGCCUUUCAUUCAAAAGUUGUCUUUAUAACUUA